UUCUCGGAACGUUUUUGGACCCUAUUAUAUAAACUUUUGAACUUAAAACACAGCAGUUUAUAUUGUAUAUUAUUCCAUGUGUUGCAUUUAGCACUACUGAAGCGUGCGUGGUCAAGUAGUUGCAAUAAUCAACUCCCAGCUCUUGACCCUCAAGGGCCAGUCAAGGAUGCUGUUGACGAAUUUGGUUACAUUGAGUGCUUUAAUUGUGCUCAUUAUCUCCACCUGUGAAGCCAAGCAACCGCACAUUCUUUUAGUUGUUGCUGAUGACUACGGUUUCCAUGACAUUGGUUACCAUGGUUCAGAGAUUCGAACCCCAAACUUGGAUUACUUGGCUCAUGGCGGAGUCAGACUGGAGAACUACUAUGUGCAGCCAAUAUGCACACCAACCAGGAGUCAGCUUCUAUCUGGGAGGUACCAGAUUCAUACGGGACUUCAGCAUGGAAUAAUAUGGCCUCCCCAGCGCAAUGGCCUUCCCCUUGAUAGCCCAACAAUUGCUGAUAAACUCCGAGAGGCUGGGUACACUACUCAUGCUGUUGGAAAGUGGCACAUCGGCUUCUACACCAAAGAUUACUUGCCAACCAGUCGUGGAUUUGACAGCUACUUUGGUUAUCUAACCGGCGGUGAGGAUUACUACACACACUACACCUGUUACGGGGAAAUGUGUGGCACAGAUCUGAGGAACAACACCGAGCCUGCUGACCAGUACAAGGGGUCUUACUCCACACAUCUGUUUGCCAACCGAGUCAUUGAUAUCAUCAACAAGCACGAAGAUGAUAAGCCCCUCUUUCUCUAUGUGCCAUUCCAAGCCGUGCAUUCCCCACUGCAAGUCCCAGAAAGUUAUGAGGAGCCAUAUUGGUUUAUCAAUGACAGGGACCGUAGAACAUAUGCAGGAAUGGUUUCAUGCAUGGACGAAGCUGUUGGGAACAUCACCAUGGCAAUGCAGCAGAGAGGAUUCUGGGACAACACGGUCAUGAUCUUCACAACUGAUAAUGGAGGUCAGAUCCUGUAUGGUGGUAACAACUACCCGCUGCGAGGCUGGAAGGGGUCCCUCUGGGAGGGCGGGACCCACGGCGUGGGCUUCAUUCACAGCAAGCUUCUCAGUGAUAAGAUAAUUGGAUCUGUGUCACCUGGUCUCAUGCACGUGACUGACUGGUUCCCGACGCUUGUGAAACUGGCCGGCGGGAAUUUGAACGGAACCAAACCAUUAGAUGGGUUCGACCAGUGGAAUGCAAUUAACAACGGAGACAAUAGCCCCCGUACGGAGCUCCUGCACAACAUCGACCCCCUGACCCCUCCGUCUGGGAGCCCAGUGUUUAACGGGACCUUCGAUACAUCUAUCCGGGCCGCACUGCGCAUGGGAGACUGGAAAAUCAUUACGGGCGAUCCAGGAAACAGUAGUUGGAUUCCUCCGCCAACACUUAGCAAGGUGGCAAUAACCAUCAAAGAGGGACACCCCCCACAAACAGACGUAAAAAACCUGUGGCUCUUCAACAUCGCAAAGGAUCCAAACGAGUACAACGACAUGUCGGGCCAGGAACCAGUAAUUGUUAAGAAGAUGCUCGAUCGUCUGCAGUAUUACCAGAGCACAGCGGUUCCCUGCAUAUACCCAGACGACGACCCUUUGGCUGACCCUGCCAAGCAUGGGGGAUUCUGGGGACCAUGGGUCUAAUGAUCUUAUAGUGUUAUUUUAAAUGUGUUUAUGACAAAUACCAAAACGUUUGAACUUGUGAGUACUGACAAGACGCGUUUUAAAAUUAUUUAAUGUAUGGGAUCAUAUUUACCAUUUAAUCAAUGGUGAUUGCUUAGUUUUGAAAUCAACAAUCGUUGCAAGGUGCCGCUAUUUGAUAUUGCACGCUAAAAUUUGAACCCAUGAACCUUGUGAAAAGAAGGCGAGUUUCCAAGUUUUAAUUGCUGAGUGAUUCUCUAUAGAAUUACAGAUGUUAUGGACCGGAUUGAUUUUAACACAGUUUAAAAGGGGAUUAGCCAAGGAUAAUUCAUGUUAAGUUUAAAUAAAUUCUGGCAAGUGUUGCAGGACGAAAAGACGUUUGAAGAAAAAGGUUCUGAAAACCUGAUUGAAACCACUAUGAUAUGUUAUAUUAAAAUAACAGACAAUAUCAUAUUUAUACGCUAUCAUCAUCAGCAAAUUAUCAAUGUAUACGUUUUGUUUCGAUGUAUCUUCAAUAUUAUCGUCUUUGAAUGCAACCAGUUAUGCACAAUAUAUAGAGAAUAAUAGGUUGGUGACGUGGAUGGAGAAUGGUUAUCUGGCAAGUCGGAGGAAGUUAUCGGCUCACCCGAUAAGAUCCUCCGACGAGCCAGAUAACCAUUCUCCAUCCACGUCACUAAUCUAUUAUUCUAUUUAUCCUGUCACAUUUACAUCAUUUGUUGAAAUGUUUCUAAAAUAUAUAGUUUUCCAGUAGUGUUUAAAUAUUUAAUAUGGGAAAAAACACGCCGCAGCAAAAACAUUGUGACGUCACGUCAUGCAAAGCGCUUAGGCUAGCUUCCGUCUUGUUAAACAACACAGAAAUCGAGUCAAUCGUUAUUAAUUCAAUGCACAAAGACAAAAUUAUGCUGUUAAAAUAAUAAUUUUUAAACAAACAGUACUUUACACGUAUGUUGAUUUUUUUAAAUUGAAAACAAGUAUAUUUUAUAAAUAGAAAAUAGUACAGGCGUGCGCAUGCGCGGACAGCAACUGACGGAUAUUCGAGGUCACGUGGUCAUCUAGACUAAUAUCUUUUAGGAUAUUAGGUUACCUGGUUAUCGGACUGACUUAAAGGCAUGUGGCAGGAUAAAUUAACAAAUAUGGUGGCUUUCGAUUGGUUUCGUGUUGAUAACAUAUCUUAGUUCAUUUAAACUGCCGUGUCAUUAGAAAGUUAUCAGUCAUGCGUAAGAUUUAAUCGAAAUAUGAUUUCCCGGAUCUUCUCUUAAUUGAAAUAAUAGGACAGCUGUGAUUUACAGGUAUUUAGUUUAUAACACAAUACAGGACGUUUUAGAACACACUUCAUAGUACAUAAUGUUAUGUCAUUAUUUAAACAGUAAUGCACUUUUAAUUUCAAAAUACUUGUUUGUUUAUUCGAUAUGCAAUUAUUCAGUAAGUGUUUACCGUCAAAUGACUCAAUGUACAUACGUAUUAAGUAAUUAUACCACCACAAACGAAGUUUAGGGGGUAUAUAGGAGUGAGCUUGUCUGUCGGUCGGUCUGUCUGUCAGUCGGUUCGUAUUUAGUGUCCGCUCUCUAAUUCAAGUUGUUUUCAUUCGCUCUUCACCAAACUUGGUCAGAUGUUGUAUCUGAUGAUGGUUAGGUCAAGUUCGAAUAUGGGUCAUGCCGGGUCAAAAACUAGGUCCCGGGGUCACUUAGUGCGUUUUAAACAUUCAGCAUGGUUUCCGCUGUUUUAUGUGAAGACAAGAUGCAAAAUAUUCUGUGUCUAUGCGGCAUGUGGGGGUAUUCGCCACGUCUGUGACAAAGCUCGAGUUUCUAAAAGUUAUAACAGUGAGCAAUAUUUAUCUGUUACCCGGCCAUCUUUUGUACUUUGCCAUAAUAUGUGUGAUAUGUUUAUGUUAGGGAACAUAACAACACUUUUUGACGUCAGUUGCGUAGACUGGCAAGUCCACUCAUAAAAAUCCAAUAUUAAACAUCGUAAUUUUCAGACCUGUAUAAAAGUGUCCGUAAAAAUGCAAUAUAUAUAAAUAAUUAUUUUUUGCUUGUGAAACUGGCAAUAAUAACAAAGUAAGGGACGCCAGUCGUCCAGAGUAUUUUUUUUGAGCGAAACAAUCGUCGUAGACCCCACUGCUAUAGCAUCGAAUAAGGGAAUAACAAAUCCCUAGAGACACUUAAGAGAAUCGCAUAAACACACAGCAAGUAAUAUUUUUACGAAUUAAAAAAUGUUUGCAUAAAGAUUUGCUCUAGUUUUGAGUAAUAAAUAACUACAUUAGUAUUCA